UGAGUGGGUCCUCAGCCGCGCCCCUGGCUAGGAACCUGUCGGCCACGCUUGAUGGGCUAAGCGGUUGAUCCACGACCUCACGCAUUGGGGUUUGCAGGUUGGUCGCCGUCAAAGUGCGGGUGCUUUCUACCAGUUAGCCGUUUGAAUCCCAGUCUCGAGGCUGAAGAAAAGCAAGAGUAUUCCUUGGCAAACAGGCUCCUGGGCGUCUUUGUGUCUCAAAUUUUCCUGGUUGAGUACCGCCUUAUAAACUCGACGUCACAGGGAUCGCUCUCACAGCAUUGCCGUGGAAGAUUAUAGGCCAAUUGCGACUCACCAAGAACAGACGCAACUGAUCACCACCGCCGAUAUCACUUCGCAACGGCAGAGAGCGCCUAGCCAAACGCCCACCAUGGAUCGUAAGAGGCUGCUCCAUCAGUUAGACACACCUUACUCGACGGUUGAAUGGCCUCAUAUCCAACAGGACGAUCAGGACUCGAUCCUAGAGCUUCUUUGCAAUCUGCUCUCUCCUCUUGGCGAGUACCGAAGAAGAUACGGCUCUCAGUCUAAGGGCAAGCGAAGCAAGGCCAAAAGGAAAGAGCAAGGGCAACUCGAAGAGGCACUGGCAGCCGAGGCAGUCAAACCACCACCGCCAGAACUCGGUAUAUAUGUCGACGUCGGACUUGCAAGUAUCACCCGGGGCCUGCAACAGGCUGCGGCCGACGGGAACCCAGACGGUGCCAAGACUCGCGGUGGCAAGGCUGCGGGUGGUGGCAAUGCCGGCACUGUACCCUACGCCGUCGUGUUCGUCGCCCGGUCGGGACAGUCUUCGGCUUUCCACUGCCACUUCCCCCAGAUGGUCGCCGUGGCUUCCACAUCGUCGCCCGUCCGCCUGGUGGGCUUCAGCAAGGCCUGCGAGGACCGUUUGAGCGAGUGUCUGGGCAUUCCAAGGGCGUCUAGCGUCGCCUUGAGGGCGGGCGCGCCACAGUCUCAGGCUCUCCUCGAUUUCGUUGGACAAAAGGUUGCGCCUGUCGAGAUCCCCUGGCUCAGGGAGGCCGCGGCGGCUGGCUACCAAGAGACCAAGAUCAACACGGCCGAGGCCCCUGUGGGACGCAAAAGGCAGAGGCAAGCUUCAAAGGUGUGAGUCAAGGGCGAUGUUUGCCACGCGUGGUGUGAGCACGGCCGGCCUGGCAACAGUAGACUCACGAGUAGUUUGUCAAACGCAAUGAAGUCGCAUCACCAUUCCUCUAUAAAUAUGCAGACACUCACCUAAGUGAAGAAAGAGACCACGGCGAGGCGGUUCGCAAACCCCCGCUGAUCAAGGUGCCAGAUAUAUGGUACCUACCAACAUACGCACUAGUUGAGUGAGUGCCCACGGUAGAUGGGCGGUGGCAUCUGGGCUGUAAAUACUUCUAGGUGCAGGUGAUCUGCAAAUCAAUAUCUUGUCUGGUAGGCUGGCCCGAUUGGGAAGCUACGCCUGAGGCGGUACUCGGGAUGGAAAGAUGGAAAGAGCACAGGACUACCUACCUUCGGCCUAGCCGGGCAGUCGUUGUGUGCCACUCGUGCCUUCCAUUUUCAGCGCCGAGCGGGCUAGACACCUAUAUAGCCGUUGCACAAACUACAGAGAAAGAUAGAGAGAUCUUUUUGGUUGGCUCACGGUCAAGCAGAGCAGCAACUUACCCUACAUUCCCUGCAAACGCGGGUUUCCACCUCCAC